AAUCUGCAGCAGAAAAUACUUUAGAUUUUAGAUUCAGCCUCAUGUCCAGGCGAAAAAUGAAAGGCCUGACCCAAACUGGCCGUCAGGUCAGUGAGGACCCGGACCUGGACAACCUGUUGUCAACCCUCUCCCCGGAGGAAAUUUUGGAGCUGGAUAAGGACUUGAAGAAUGUGCCAGACAUUAACCUGGAGGAUGGGAAGGUCCCCAUCCAAGGGGACGGCCAGGCUGCGCAGCCACAUCCGAGCAGGGGGAAGCUCGGCCAGAGGGAGCAGUCAUUUGAGAGCGACCUAAAGAGAGAGAGCCGGAAGCAGGAAUACCUGAGGAAAAUGGGCCUCAGCCAGGAGGAGAACGGAGACACCAGAGCAGGAGUGAGGAGACAGUCCGGCGUCUCCAACGACAACAACAACAGAAAAGGUCCGGACGGUUUCAAAGAGGAGCUCGACCAAAGCAGGAGAAAGGAGAGCUCUGUGAAGGAGGACGCCAAGGAGAGAGGGAAGCAGGAAGACAGCAGGUUGAGAAGCAGGGAGAGCACAGGCGGCAAAACGAAAGACAUGAUCUCCAGGCUGCAGGAGAGGAGGGAAGAGAAGGACAGGAGAGAUGACCUCAGGAAAAGAGACGACACCAAAACCAAGGACAUUAUCUCUAAGCUCCGAGAGAAAAGCGAGAAGGAUGUAGGAAGGGAGAGAAGAUCGGAGAGUAUCAGAACUCAGGGGCUCGUCUCAAAAAUGGUUGAGAAGCAGAGCAAGGCGCCAGAGAGGGAGGAGAUCAAACCACAAGAGAAGACUCCGAAAGUGGAGGAAAACGAUACAGAGGUCAGGAGGAAAGGCCAACCGUCGGAGAAGGACGAGGCGCAGGGGAAGCAGAAUUGUGUGGAUGUCAAAGCGGACCGGGAAUGUAUGAGUAACCACAGAGGUGAUGGGAAAGAGGAAGCUCCAAAGACGAGGAGGAAAGCAGACGACGGAAAAGCCGAGGAGAAAGAGAAGCUUGGUAAGUGUGUGACAAAAAACAGCCCGAAGACGAAGCCAGAGGAGGAAGAGGACGAAGACUCCAGCAUGUUCGACGAGCUGAUGCAGCAGGUCCAGAGCAACGACCCCUCCCUGUUGGAGGUCAACGUCAACAACUCGGAGGUCAUCAAGGCCAAGACCCUCAUCGAGUUCACGGAGGCGUUGAACGACAACACCAACGUCAAGGUGUUCGCCCUCGCCAACUGCCGUGCAGACGACCAUGUGGCGUACGCCAUCGCCGGCAUGCUGCGCCGCAACAAGACCCUCACCAGCAUCAACUUGGACUCCAACCAUCUCACUGGCAAAGGCAUCCUCUCUCUCAUCCAGUCUCUGCAGCACAACGCCACGCUGACCGAGCUCCGCUUCCAGAACCAGCGCCACAUCUGCGGAGGGAAGACGGAAAUGGAGAUGGUCAAGAUCCUUAAAGAGAACACCACCCUGCUCAAGCUGGGCUACCACUUUGAGCUGCAGGGACCCCGGAUGACCAUGACCAACAUCCUGAGCCGCAACAUGGACCGGCAGAGGCAGCGGCGCCUGCAGGAGCAGAAGCAGGUUCAGGGCAACGGGGAAAAGAAGGGGGCGUUGGAAGUGCCCAAGAUCGGAGGUGGAGGAUCCCUGAGGAGCUCCCCGAAGUCCUCCCCCAAACCCUCUCCCCUCCCUUCCCCCAUGCCUUCACCGAAGUUAACUCCAAGAAAAGGAGCCGGGGGUCCGGCUCCACCACCUCCUCCACCUCCCCCUGGGGGCGGGCCUCCUCCACCUCCACCUCCACCCAUGAUGGAUGGAGGCCAUUCCGGCAGGAGCUCGAGGGACCAACUGCUGGCCUCCAUCCGAGGAAGCAACAUGAAGCAUUUAAAGAAGGUGCCAGUGCCAAAGUGGCUGCAAUAACUCUGACGAGGAGUGAAGUGGAGAAAAAGGAGAACAGACAUCUCACUCUGAAGUUUUUUUUUAAGUCGGUAAACUCCACAUUCCUGCAGCUGGCUGGAGAGCUGGACAGGAGACGGUCAGAUGACCGGCCCUCAUCCUGAGUUCUCCCCUCAAAUACUGGACCAAAACGGACUCUGGGGAGAGCGAGGGAGGGAGGCUCAUCAGAACAGGAGGUCCGGCUGUCUGUGUCAUUUCUGAUGCUUUUAUUUUUGCACUAAAAAAUUGGAACAGAUGUUUAAUAGCCUGACUGUGUGGCGAGCUUCAGUUCAAAUAACAGCUCUGAUAAUGUUAAAUUGAUUAUUUAUUGGUGAAGAAGCAAUUUAUUUUAACUCUGUAGAUGCAAAUAUGGGAUUUAUAGACAAAGUUAGCAGGCAUAAAAAAAAAAGUGUUUACAAAAAAAGUCCCUUUGAUUGUGAUCAUCAAAUCUCAAGACACUUAUGGCAGAAUUUAUGACAGAAUGCAGUUUUCAAAAGCAAACAACUAUCCUUUAGUGUCUGAUAUUAUAUUUUAUACAGAGAUGUUUUAGCUUGAGUGUUUGACGUUUCAUGCAAAUCCAGCUUUGUGUCUUAAGUUCAGUGGGACGUUUUUCCUCAUUAGCUGUCAUUAAGCAUCGAGCUGAGAGGGACUGGGAGGGUGCACCUGCCUUAUCACACCUGUGUUUGAUACAUGUGCAAAAUAAAAGAGUCUGACAUAUGACUGCAAGGGCGA